ACAUGUACACUGAUCAUCAGUGUAGCCCCAGUAGUGCCACCUGUCAGUGCUCAUCCAUGUCACCUGCCAGUGCCCAUCAGUGCCAUAUCAAUGCCACAUUUCAGUGCCUACCAGUGCACAUCAAUGCCACAUAUCAGUGCCCAUCUGUGCUGCCUUUCAUUGUCACCCAUCAGUGCCAGUCAGUGCCGCCUAUCAGUGCCAGUCAGUGCCGCCUAUCAGUGCCAUGCCCAUCAGUGCCACCUAUCAGUGUCCAUCAGUGCAGCCUAUCAGUGCCCAUAACUGCAGAUUUAUUAGCGCACAUCAGUGAAGGAGAAAAAUCACUUAUUUACAAAAUUUUG